UUAGUGAAGUCAUCCUAACCUUUGUGCUGGAUUUAUGCUGUUCUAGGACUUUAAGGUCACACAAAGCCAUCAUGCAUUUGUUUGCUAAAGCGACUACUCAAUUCACACUUGAGCUGUACAGGCAGCUCAGAGACUCAGAGGACAACAUCUUCUAUUCCCCUCUCAGCAUAAUGACAGCAUUAGCAAUGCUCCAGCUCGGAGCCAAGGGAAACACUGAAAAACAAAUUGAGAAGGCUCUACAACUCAGUGAAACCACAAAAAAGCCAAAAGAAAAAUCUGCGGACUCUCAUGAUGAAGAAAAUGUCCAUGAACAAUUUCGAAAGAUUAUGAAUCAAUUAAACAAAUCCAAUGGUGCUUAUGACCUGAAGUCUCCCAACAGUAUCUAUGGAGCAAAGGGUUUCCCAUUUCUCCAGACGUUUAUGGAAGACAUUAAGAAAUAUUACCAAGCUAAUGUGGAAUCCCUUGAUUUUGCACAUGCUGCAGAAGAAAGCCAAAAGAAGAUUAAUUCCUGGGUAGAAAACAAAACAAAUGGAAAAAUCAAAGACUUGUUUCCUAGGGGGAGCCUGAACAGUAGCACUAUCCUGGUUCUGGUGAAUGCAGUGUAUUUCAAAGGACAAUGGAAUCACAAAUUUGAUGAACAGCGUACCAGAGAAGACAAGUUUUGGCUGAACAAGAAUACAAGUAAACCUGUCCAGAUGAUGAGGCAAACAAACGAGUUUAACUUCAUCUUUCUGGAGGAUGUGCAGGCCAAGAUGGUGGAAAUACCAUACAAAGGCAAGGAGCUAAGUAUGUUCAUCCUGCUGCCAAUGGAAAUUGAUGGUCUGAAGAAGCUUGAAGAAAAACUAAGUGCUGACACGUUGCUAGCGUGGACAAGCCCAAAGAACAUGCGGAUGACGCAGUUGAAUUUAUCUUUGCCUCGGUUCAAAGUGCAAGAGAAGUAUGACCUCCCAGGUCCAUUGGAGCACAUGGGGAUGGUCGAUGCUUUCAAUCCACAGAAGGCUGAUUUCUCUGGCAUGAGCAGCACUAAAGGUCUAGUGGUGUCUAAAGUUUUACACAAAUCCUUUUUGGAGGUAAAUGAAGAGGGAGCUGAAGCUGCUGCUGCCACAGGGGUGGAAACCCGCAUACUAUCUGCACCAAGGACCACAGAAUUUACUUGUAAUCGCCCUUUCAUAGUCUUCAUAAAGCCAAACAACACCAACAGCAUCCUCUUCUUUGGAAGAGUAUCUUCCCCUUAAGGGUGGUGGCUCUGCCACGUAUCCAGAAAAGUUAACAACCUUGCUGUAGGUAAUUGAGGCUGGGAACAGUUUUGCUUGCCUCCUUUCCUGUCCCAUCUCAGACUGCAUUAGUUGAGGCAGGAUAGCUCUACUAUCUCUAUUUUCUCCUUUCUUCUCUAUAUGUAUAUACAAACCUGGUUUCUGUCUGUAACCCUUCUCUGGGAAAAAAUGGUCAACAAAAAUUGGGAUAUUUUAAUAUAGUUUCUUUUAAUCUAACAUGUAUCUGUCAACUGCGUUAAGUGAAGUAGAGUAAACCAUACCCUCUUUUUAAAUUGAUUAGCAUAAAAAUAUACAUUCCUUUAGGAGAAACCUGGAAACUGCAUAAGCUUUUACAUGUUGUGAUGUUACAAAAUACAUUUUCAAUAAAAUGAUAAUCUUUCCAACUUA